ACCACUGAAGCUAAAGAUGCUUCAACUGCCGUUUCACUGUGACUUCAACAUUAAGUUGUACUCUGUGGCAAACUUUGGCCACACCUAGAUCCUGUCCCAUUUCCACACGAACAACAAAAAAAAACACACACACACACAAAAAAAAGCCUCUUUUUUUUUUCUUCUUCUUUUUGGUGCGUUUGUUUGUGUGACGGCGAGUCCCGGCGGUGUAACCGGAGAGGGGCCUCACAGAGGGAAUGCAGGACUGCAAUGGAGCACAAUGCAAUACAGUGGUUGGGUGCCCCCUCCUGCCAGCGAGGCAGCUACGCCUUCUACAAGUCGGUGAGCAGCAGAGCUCGACCCGACGGGCCCGUGGAGGUGUGGAGGCUCGGGGAGUUCUACUUCAUCCGUUGUGGGCCCCAGGACCCCGUGUGCAUCGCAGAGGUGACGUUACUCUGGGAGGACAAAGCGCAGCGCCACCUGCUGGCCAGCGCCAGGCUCUACUUCCUGCCCGAGGACACGCCGAAGGGCCGGACCCGGGAGCACGGAGAGGAUGAAGUUUUGGCGGUGUCCAGGAAGGUGGUGCUGCGGGUGGAGGACCUGGUGCAUUGGGCGUGUGCCGAGCCGCGGCGUGGAGCGGGACCUGAAGCCGUUGCCGGCAAACCAACGGCCUCCACACUAAAGUCUCGCAGAGCAUCGAGCCGCUCGAGACAAGAAGGACAGUAAACCCCCCGACGGCACGGCAUCAAGAUCCUCAGCUACCCGCAGUACUGCCGCUUCCGCUCCCUGCAGAGACGCCUCCAGGACGGGGCCAGGGGCCCGGGGCUGCAGGACCCCCACCUGCUGGCCCUGGGGGGCGUCAGGGCCGGGCCCAGCACCCGGCUGAUGUACUGCAGGGACACCUUCACCCACCCGACGCUGGAGAGCAGCACCCACUUCUCCUGGCAGUUCAGAUGUCCGUCUUUUAGUCUUCGAGGGCGACCUCGCAAGAGGAGAGGCCGAGACGGGAAAGACUCCCCCAACUCCAGCCAAUCAGAGUCCUGGAUCGAGCGGAUGAAGGAGAACGUGAUGGGCAGCGUGGAGGUGGGGUGUGAGGGCAGCUGGCUCCCCCACCCCGAGGAGCAGCUGUUCCUGGAUCAGCUGUUCUCCUACAUGGAGCGCCUCGGCUCGCCCAUCCACAAGGUCCCCAACCUGGGCUUCAAGAAGAUUGACCUCUUCCUCAUGUACUCGGUGGUCAAGCGGCUCGGCGGCUACAAGAAGGUGAGUGACAUUGGACGUCUCUGGAAAAUAGUUUAUAACGAGCUGGGAGGAUGCCCCGGCAGCACCAGCGCUGCUACCUGCACCAGGAGACACUACGAGAGGCUCAUGCUUCCUUACGAGGAGCACCUCAGAGCGGCAGGAGCCGAAUUCAAAAUCCCAGAAUCCCCCAUGCCUCCGAAACCCAGAGGGAUAAGAGGAAGGAAACCACUCCAGAGAGGCAGAAAACCCGGAUCCAAAGCCAAGGACAAGAAGCUGACAACCCCGGCUGCUCCUGCUUGUACUAUGGAGAACCCCAACGGCAGCGUGGCGGUGAAGAGAGGCCGAGGCCGGCCGCCGGGCACCCGCAACAAGGCCACGCUGAUCGCCCAGGCCAAGCUGGUGGCCCAGCAGCAGGCCAAAGCCCGAGCAGCAGCCGAGUCCCAGCUGCACAGUCCUCCGCUUCCAGGCCGAGUCGGAGGGGGACCGACCCCCAGCACCACGCCCAGGCCCAUCCAGCCGGCUAUCCUCCCUGUCAACAUGCCCCUCACCCCCGACCUCUCCCCCAUGUCCGCCCCCUUCCUCCCCUUCCAGCCCAGACCGAAGGAGCUGAAGCCGGGCAGAGGGGAGUCUGGGGCUCCGGGCGUGGUCCUCUCCACUCUGCCUCGCCACUUCGUCGGGGGACCUCUGGGCGGCUUCAGUCCCAUCAAGGGAGUCUGUCCUCUAGAUGUCUUCAGGAACCGCAUCAGCCUCCAGAGAGGCCCGGAGAGCCCAGCCCUGACGCCCCAGGACCCGACCCAGCACCAUCCGACCAUCUACACCCUCCAGCCCAAAAUUGGAAGCCCGGAUACGUCUCAUCCCGGCGGGGACCAGCUUCAGCCUCAGCUCCACCCGCUCCACCAGCAGCACAACCACUGCUCCGGGUGUAAUGUGGACGAGGCGGCCCAGAGAGGGGGCAAUCGGGACGCCAGGAACCGGCCUCCAUUGCCCCCUCUCCGGGUCCUGCCUUUAAACCUGGACUGCAGCGUUCAGGUGUGCCAGCUGAUGAGGACUCGUCUGGGCUCGUCCCAGUUCCAGACCUUCACUCGCCGACUGUCUGAGGCUCUGUCCCAGGACCUGAGCCCCAAGCCCCCCUGCUCGCCCAUCACCCCUCCCCCCGAGCAGGCGCUGCCUCUCAACCUCAGCAAGCGCUUCGCGGCCAAGAGACCCAGCACAGAGGGGCCAGAGGCGGGCCUGGCAGCGAUCAACGGGAGCACGGAUCAACCCCCAUCCAAGAGACCCAGACUGGGCUGCACGGAGCAGGCCGAGGAUUUCGGCCCGGGCAGCCGGCCCAGCUCUGCGGGAAGUGAAGGAGCAGAAGAGCAGGAUGUGGAGAUGAAGAACCAGGAGGAACCCGCAGACCUGAGCUCCCCCAGCCGGAUCAGGGCCUUCCUGCUCGGGCUGCCCCCCUUCCAGGUGAAAUUCGAGGAGGAUCUGAACGGGACGAGGUUUGGGAAAUUUCUUCCUCCAGAAUCUAUGGCAGAAACCCAGAGGACCGAGACAGAGACAGGAGAGGGAGGAGUGGCGGUAAAGAAAGAAGUAAAGGAGGAGGUGGUGGAAAUAGAGCGAUGUGAAACUGAGAGAAGCCAGAAACUACAGAUGUCGGACCAGCAGGAGAAAGAUCUCACCCGCCUCUCUGGUCCCGGUCCUGCAGAGCUGAAAAGAGCCGGGCCCUCAAACACUGAGUCACACUGUUUUUAGCAAUAUUCCCUCUGUCGAUAUUAGCAUUUUGUGAUCAGAAAACUGUCGGAUAAAUCUGUGAUUUGUUGCUUUUGGAGUGUGGAAAGUUGUAUCCACCGCGGGGCUUUGGUGUUGGUUUUGGACGCCGGAUGCUUCAGCGGUCGACCCGGAUCCUGAUUAAUACCUAAAGAGCAGGGAUGUUUCUUUGCUUCCUAUUUGAGCAACAUUUGAACUCACAACUUCUCAUUAUUUCCCAUUUUUGUCUCCUUGUUGUUUUUUGACCAUGUCGUUGAUUGAACUUUGCAGAGGAGUGACGACACUGAGACUCAUGACAAUCACAAGUCAGUUUCUCUUCCUUUCUCUGUUGUUUUCUGUCUCUUUAAGGUAAAAAAAAGAAGAAGAAACAGAGAAGUGAGACUGUGACUAUUUAACAAACACUGCCAUUACCCUCCAUAACACUAUUAAUUACACUAUUCAAUAUUACAGUGAAAUAUUGAAUCAGAUCAAUAUUACUUCAAAUAA